AACGGUUCUUAAUGAUGACAGAGUUCAGAAUUAUGUUUAAAAAUUAGUAUAAAUAAGAAACAUAAUACAAGACCAUCACUUUCUUUUUCAUCUUUUUAGUUAUACGGAUACUUUAACAGUUACAGAACAAAAUGAGUACCUUGUGUCUUCUUCUCCUUGCGGUUGUCGUCUUUGUAGCCGUGAAUGGACAGGGAUAUUCAUCCCAUAGCGGGUAUCGCCACGGCGGCGGACACAUGUCCGGUGGCUACAGAAGGUACGGGGGCGGACAUGGAUACGGCAGUGGAUAUGGUAGCGGAUAUGGUAGCAGGUACGGAAGUGGAUACGGAAGCGGAUAUGGAAGCAGUUACAGAGGUGGUCAUCGAUACGGUAGCGGAUACGGUAGCGGAUAUGGAAGCGGAUACGGAAGCGGAUACGGAGGUGUAGGUCGAUACGGUAGCGGAUACCGUAGUGGAUAUGGAAGCGGAUACGGUAGCGGAUAUGGAAGCGGAUACGGUAGCGGAUACGGUGGUAGAUACAGUGGCGGAUACGGUAGCGGAUAUGAUAGAGGAUACGGUAGCGGAUAUGGUAGCGGAUAUGGUACCGGAUAUGGAAGCGGGUACGGAAGUGGACAUCGAUACGGUAGUGGCGGAUACAGUGGCGGAUACGGCAGCGGAUAUGGUAGUGGAUACAGUGGAUACGGAUCUGGCCAUCGUUUUGGCGGUCGUUAUUAAUCCUCUACUGGCCGUUUAGUUGUAGCUCAGGGGAUACACUCAACGAUUAUAUCAUCGUGACGGUUGCUUUCUAUGAAAGUUGUGCUGGAGAAAGUUUCUUUGUUCUGUUUUGUUUUAUAAUACUAAAUUAAACCUAAAACAGAUAAUGGGUGUAAAAUGUAAUCCUAUUCCCUAAGGAUGUUCGUAGCUACUGGAUACAAUUUGCCAAUGAAUGAUUUGUUCUUAAACCAAUGACGCAGCUCGAAUGUGUUAAUAUUUGGAUGUUUUAACCUAUGCCAUGCCUUAAUCAUCUUCAUUUGCAUAUUUUCUUUCCAAUAACAUAGUUCAAAUAAUUAAUACUUGCAACCAAACACCUUUUAAGUAUUUUUUAAUCUUUGAUGCGAAGAAAACAAACUAAUAGCAUUAACUCUGAUAUAUAUAUAUGUUUAACAUAAACGCGGUAUUCCAUGGCUCCAUUAUACUUUCGUACAAAACUCUUUUAAAGGACACAUUGCAUCAUAUGAGUUUAUCACGCAUCAAACAAUUUUGACUGAUUGAACCUUUUUUUUAAAUAGCUUAAUGAUUGGUGAAAAGCUGAAAGUACUUGUAGGAAAUUAAAAAAAUCAUCGAUUUUCCGCAUUAUUGUUCAACUUUACAGCUGAAUUAAUUACUAUAAGUUACUUUACUUUUCGUGCAUACUGAAUAAUAUUUUGUUUUCAACUGAUUAAUAUGCGACAAGGCAUAAUUUUUUUGGCUUACAUUUCCAUUUUUUUUCAUGCCUUGGUAUUUUAUGCAGGAACUCAAAACUUUUAUGAGUUCUUGCAUUGAAUGUUUAAGCAUUAGAUAAAACUAUUGUAAGAAUCAGUUUCUAGAUAGUAAGUUUCUAGCAUUAUCAUAUGUUCACUGUUUUGAGGGAGGUUUCUUUCAAUGAUCAAUAUUACUACGCCGGUAAUUUAGCGAGGGGAGCUUAUGAUUAAAAUGAGAAACACUUUUCUGGACAAAAAAGAACACUAGACAAUGUUAAUUUCGACGAAUUUGUCACUACAGUCAAUUAUAUUAUAUUUGUCGCAUACAAAUUGGUCGCAACCAAAAUACCAUUCGGUAUGAACAAUAUUAAUAUGAAAAUCUCCAGAAACAAGCACAAGAGUCAUAAGUCUAAACAUAAACACUAUUUUAUGGCACAGCAGGGUGAACGCUUAAGACGUAUAAAUACUUACUUAUUCAGUGAUAGAAAGAGUUGAAUAAACAUUACGAAGAUCAAUGGUGUUAUUCCUUAAGUUGGCUACAAGUACUUAUGGUACUCCAUCUAUCAUUUCGCUAGUGUUCAUUAAUCAUAAUUGUUUAUCACGGGGAGGACUCAUAAAGUAAUGAGAAUAACGUUCGUUUGUGGUGAAUUAAUAUACGUAAAUACCAUCAACUUGGUAAUAUUUUACUUCAAACUGUUUAAAUGUUGAAGGUGUUAUUUCUUGUUUUUUUUGUUUUGUUUUUGUAUUUCAUAGUCUCCACCAUUGAAAAAAUUGAAUAAAAAGAAACUUAAAACCUGACAUUUUCAUGUAUUUUAUUUUCAAAACAAAAUAAAUAGUUCCAGUGUAGUCAUAAUGGUGGAGAAAUCCAGUCGA